AUGUCCGACGUUGAGAAGACGGCCCGUGACGAAAAGGCGCCAGUCGCCGAGGUCGGCCCCGUCGCCGGCACCAAGGACGGCCUGCACGACGACGCGACGCGCGCCAACCCCAUCCUGGACCAGAUCCUCGCCAUGGACCCAGACGAGUACAAGGCGUUUGAGCGCAAGCUUUUGCGCAAGAUUGACCUGCGUCUGAUUCCUUGGAUGACCCUCCUCUACCUCAUGUCCUUCCUCGACCGUGUCAACGUGGGCGCCGCCAAGCUGUUCUCGCUCGAAAAGGCCCUCGGCCUCACCUCGCAGCAGUACUCGAAUGCCUCAAUGAUCUUCUUCGUCUCAUACGUCGCGUUCGAGGUGCCCUUCAACCUUGUGCUCAAGAAGUUCCGCCCGUCCAUCUUCAUCCCGAUCACCAUGAUCCUGUGGGCCAUCUUCCAGACAUGCAUGGGCCUCGUCACCAACUACGGCCAGCUCCUGGCGAUGCGUUUCAUGCUCGGCAUGUUCGAGAGUGGUCUCUUCCCCGGCCUCAACUUCUACCUUACGGGCUGGUACCGCCGCGAGGAGCUUGCUAAGCGCGCGUCCUUCUUCUUCGGUGGCGCCGUGCUCGCUGGCGCCUUUGGUGGCAUCUUCGGCUACGGUCUCGGCCACAUGAACGGCGUGGGCGGCAAGGACGGCUGGUCGUGGAUCUUCAUCAUCGAGGGCCUGCUCACCUUUGUCAUUGCCGUGUCCUCGUUCCGCAUGAUCCACGACUGGCCCGACCGCGCGCGCUUCCUCAACGACUUUGAGCGCGAGUUUGUUCUGUACCGCCUCAAGGCCGACUCGGGCCUCGCGACCCAGGGCAGCUUCAGCUGGGCCGCCGCCAAGAAGGGUUUCACCGACUGGAAGACGUAUCUCUUCAUGCUCUGCUACAUCGGUACCGCCGAGUGCAUCUACUCGCAGUCGCUCUUCUCGCCCUCAAUCGUCGCGUCGCUCGGCACCUGGAAGCCGGCGCAGUCGCUCCUGCUUUCCGUGCCCCCCUACGUCCUGGCCUUCAUCACGACCAUGACAACCGCCUGGCUGUCAGACAAGUACUUCAGGCGUGGCAUCUUCAACAUGUUCUGGUCGACCGUCGCCGUCAUUGGCUACAUUCUGCUCGUCGCCAUCCCGCCCCACAAGGUGCCCGGCGUGCGCUACUUUGCCGUCUUCCUCACCACCAUGGCCAUUGCUCCCAUGAUCGGAACAACCAUCACGUGGACCGGCAACAACUUUGGCAACCACUACAAGAAGGCCGUGGCCAUGGGCAUGGUCUUCUCGGCCGGCAACUCGGGAGGCAUCAUCUCGUCCCAGGCCUACCGCCCCAAGGACGCAAAGACGGGCUACAAGCCCGGCAACGCGACCGCCCUCGCCUUUGCCGCCAUGAACGGCAUCACGUCCGUCAUCCUCUGGUACUUUAUGCGCAAGGAGAACCGUCGCCGCGAGCGCGAGUACGGCCCGCCCCCUGCCGCCAACGUCGUCCACGAGUACGAUGACCCGGCGUACCGCGCGAAGUGGGGCCUCGAGGGCAUGACCCGCGAGGAGAUCCUCAUCCUUGGCGACGACCACCCGGCCUUCCGCUUCGUCCUCUAA